UCUUGCGAAGGGAGCGUUACAGCAAGUCGACCACUGACAGUGUCACAAUUGCUUUGGUGCAACCAGACACGUGGGGAACUAGUAAUAGUUUUGAUCAUGUAAGUAGAUAUGAACUAACAAGGAUUCAGGAUGAAACUAACAUGUUGCAGAGAGACGUAUGGUGACUGACUAUGGGCCUGGAGCUGCUCAGAAAUUGAGAGACAAUCACCUUUAAUGUCGUAUUGGUUGCCUCAUGUGUUUACAACUGCGUUUGUUUAAAAUAAGGACUUGAUGAUUAAAUCAAUUAGGAAAAAAAGCCGCUAGCAAGUUUCUGGUAACAAAUAUCCUUCCAUUCCUUUGAAAUCAAAUAGCCUAAAAUGAGAGUCAGCUCAGGGGAAGGAACAUGUCCUUCAUCAUUAUUUAAAAUUGAAUCAUUCUAGCCUUCAUUAACUCGCACUAAGAGGAAAAAAUUGUUUAGCUUUUCAAGUAGACAUGACUGACAAUGCGAGCGCCAGAGUUGACACCCCAACCAAUAUUUCUCUGAGUCCCAGCAAUGCCGUUUCCCAGUCCCUGGAGUACAAGACUGUGUCUGUCUUCUUGGUCCUGCUUGUGUGUGGUGUUGGCAUCGUGGGAAAUAUAAUGGUGGUCCUCGUUGUCCUAACCACCCGACACAUGAGGACACCAACAAAUUGUUACCUGGUGAGCCUGGCAAUAGCUGACCUAACAGUACUAGUUGCGGCGGGACUUCCGAACAUCUCAGACAGUCUCACGGGAACCUGGGUGUUUGGGCACGCUGGCUGCUUGGGAAUCACCUACCUGCAGUACUUGGGCAUCAAUGUCUCAUCAUGCUCCAUCACCGCCUUCACUGUAGAAAGGUACAUUGCGAUAUGCCAUCCAAUGAAGGCUCAGACUGUGUGCACAGUGUCCAGGGCCAAGAGGAUAAUUGCAGGGGUUUGGAUCUUCACCUGUAUUUACUGCAUAUUAUGGUUUUUCCUUGUGGAUAUUCAGGUGAGCCUGGAUGGACAUGUACAGUGUGGGUACAAGGUGAAGCGGGAGCUCUACCUUCCCAUCUACCUCAUCGACUUUGCUAUUUUUUACGUUGUCCCAUUACUUCUCGCUGUUGUGCUCUACGGACUGAUAGCAAGGAUUCUCUACCUCGGACCUCUGCCAAACCAACCAGAAACCAGAGCCACAACAUUGCGCCAAAGUUGUCGGGAGGUCACAGAAAUGGGGAAGGGGGGUCGUCCCCGCCGUCUGAAGAGUGCACUCUCCUCCAGGAAGCAGGUGACCAAAAUGUUAGCCGUCGUGGUGAUCUUGUUUGCUCUGCUGUGGAUGCCCUAUCGAACAUUGGUUUUGAUCAACUCUUUUGUGUCCACACCCUAUUUGGAUGCCUGGUUUCUAUUAUUUUGUCGGACGUGCAUUUAUUCCAACAGUGCAAUCAACCCUGUGAUAUACAAUGCCAUGUCUCAGAAGUUCCGCUCAGCAUUUCGUGGGCUGUACCACUGCAAGCCGCAAGGGGGAACGCAGAGAUUAUCAGCCAUUCCUGCCGGCUUCAGUACCGUUCGCGAGCCACGUACAUCCUUGUCCAAUAUUAGUGCACCAAAUGAAAAAGCAAAAAGAGAUAUUGUAAAUUCUACUCCAGAUGUAAUAAACACAAAACAUAAUGGAAACGGUCAUCAAGAGACAAAGUUGAUAAAUGGCAACAAAGCAGACAACUUUAUCAGAUCGGCAUCUUAUUGUUUAGAUGUCAGUUCCAUUGACACAUCCCUGAUGAGUGAUGUGAAGCGGUCUCCAUCAACUGAUGACACAACUCAUUUUCUUGACACACAGACAACAAAAGCUCAACCGGAUGCUACAUCGGUAGACGGACGGACGGACAGAUAGAUAGCUGGAUUAAUAGAUUAUAGAUAGAUAGAUAGAUAGAUAGAUAGAUAGAUAGAUAGAUAGAUAGAUAGAUAGAUAG